AUGCGUCUCACGCCCGAUCUGAUAAACAAUUCCCUCUCCUACCUCAACCCUCUCAAAGAGCGCGAACUGGAUCUCAGAGGCCACAAAAUCGCGACAAUAGAGAACCUCGGGGUUGCCGGCCCACAAGAUGCCAUAGACUUCACAGAUAACGAUAUCACCUCCAUUUCAAACUUUCCUCUAUCACCUAGACUGAGUACUUUAUUACUGGCGAGGAAUCGGGUACGGCAAAUCCAGCCGAAUCUGGCCGAUAGUCUGCCUAAUCUGCACACCUUGGUGUUGACGAGUAACAAUGUUGCCGAGCUGGCGGAUUUGGACCCGUUAAGGAAAUUGGUGAGAUUGACGCACUUGAGUCUGUUGGAGAAUCCAGUGCACUAUCGAUACUGGAUUAUCUGGCGCAUACGAUCAAUCCGCUUCCUCGACUUUCAGAAAAUCAAGGAUGUUGAGCGACAAAGAGCAAAGGAGUUGUUUGGCACGGAGAAAGAACCUUCAGCAUUGGCAUCAAAAAUCAUGGGAACCAAAUCGAGGACGUUUGACGUAGGUGCCGCAACCGCGAACGGAAGGGCAGCACCGGCAGAGAAGGUUAUGAGGGUGAAGCUGACGGAGACGGAAAAGAAGAGGGUAGAGAAGAUGAUCAGGGAAGCGAAGAGUUUACAGGAAAUCGCAAGGCUGGAGAAAGAGCUGAAUGAUGGGAGAAUACCGGCCGGAGCUGCGGAUGGGGAUAGAAUGGUUGUGUGA